CCUCAGAUGCCCCAGAAAAUCACAACAACAAAGCUCCCAGCAUACUACUCUCUAGCUCCGACAGUUCCUUCCCCUUACAUAGGAAGCCUAGAAAUAAGCCUCGACGCCAUCCUCGCCUUCGGCCAACUCUACGCCACAAUCCCCGGUGUCACACCCCUCGUCACUGCGCUCCUCGAACCCGUGUCCCCCGGCAAAGACUGGAUCGGCAUCGUAUCCGCCUUGGAAACGGAAACGCCGCUGCACGCGCGGUACCUCAUGAUUGAGCUUCUCUUUCUGCUCACACGCACCUUACUCCCCGAGCAAAUUGCGGAAAGCCGAGGGAUACUGGGGAGGUUGUAUGACCGCAAGAAACAGCUUGCGACACGGUUUUUGCUCCGAUACGAUAUGUUGAGGGAGUGGAAGAUGGAGCCGAAUCCGUCGUCGUAUCGGGAUCAACCGAUUACGAUUGCGUCGACGGCGCCGGUGCUUGGGUUCGUAGCGCCAGAGCCGCCGAUUGUCGGUGUUGCGUCACCCAAAUAUCCGUAUCGGCGGGCGCUGCUGUUGAAUGUCAUCCCUACGCUGAUUGCGGGGCCGGUGGGGGGCUAUGUGUCGCAGAGUGUGCGGGAGCGGAUGAAGCAUCAUGUCACCGAGUUGGAUAGGUAUCUUAUGAUUCGGGAUGAGGAAGCGGAGGGGUGGAGUGAUGGGAGGGUGAAGAGUGUGGUGUGUUUUGUGUUGAUGCAUUGGUUGUGGUUGAGGGGAAAUAAUGCUACGUUGGACGAUUUGGAGGUGUUGGAUUGGGAAGAGUUGGAGGGGAAGGCGGAGGAGUGCGGGUGGAUUGGGGAUGAUGCGACGAGGGUG